AUGAGUCAACCACAUGAUGGGCAGUGGACCUUUUGUCCCUUUGGAAAUCCUUUUCGGAGUAUCCUUCCCAAGGGAUCUUAUCUGUCUUCAAAUCUUCUUGCCUUACUGAAUUCUUUUGAGCAAACAUUGGCAGAAAGUUUAAAAAAACUCAAGCCUAAAGAUGCUCCGGAUGUUCUCGGCUUUUCUUGGAUGAGACAUGCAAUGGAGUCCUUAACUGAGGCUCACACUAACAUUAAAACUUUAAUAACUGAUCUUCAGUUUCCUGCUUCUGACUGGGAUGAGAAGUGGAUGGACAUUUACUUGGACAGCAAUAUAAAGUUUCUUGAUAUUUGCAUCGCAUUUAGCUCUGAGCUCUCCCGGCUGGAUCAAGGGCAACUCCUGCUGCAAUACGUCUUGGAUGUUUUGGACUUCUCAAACACUUCUCCUUCAUCCGAACAACUCAAACAAGCCAGUGCAUCUCUUCAUGAUUGGAUGAAGCAAUUCAGCUCAAAGAGUCCCAGGCUUGAAAACUGUUCUUCCAUCUUACAAAGUUUUGCACAAACUCUUCAUCCGACGGAGGUCAAGAACUCUGCCAAAGGGAAGGUAUUUAUGAGGGCCUUGUAUGGAGUGAAGGUUAUGACUAUAUUUAUUUGCAGCAUCUUCGCAGCAGCAUUAUCAGGUUGCUCUGCACCGUUGGUGGAUUUGCAUGUUUCUGACAAGUUCUUGUGGGCUGAGGCCUUCAGUGACUUGCAAGCUGUUGUGAAUGAGGAAAUUAGGAGUCAAUUUUCAAGUGGAAAGGUUACCAUAUUGAAAGAGCUGGAAGCAGUUGAAAAAUAUGCAGAGAGAUUGCAUGCUUUAAUAUGUUGUGUUAGACACGAGAAAAUAGGUACACUGGCAAAAAUUAUAGACCAGGAAGAAAGACAAGAGUCUGUUUCAAAUCUAGCUGGAGCAACAGAAGGGCUUGCCAAUGGGCUUGAUAUUCUGUCAAAGCAAGUGAGCGACUUCUUCCAAAUUGUUCUAACAGGACGUGAUGCUUUGCUUUCUAACCUUAGGGAAUGA